UCUAGGAAUUGUCCGAGCGGAGACCUUUCAUUUCAUGCGAUCAUAUGAAUCUUUCUCUCUCCUAUCUAUCUGAAUCUAGAGCAAAUUCUCAAAACCCUUUUCCUUUCCCUCCUCUAGGGUUCUCGGUAACCCAAGACUUUCUAUUUUCUCUGAUUUUCUCUCUCUAAAAUAAGUAGCCAAUCUUUUUAGGGUUCUUCUCAGCUUGAAGGGUGCUGACCUCAAGAAAAGGGUUCUCUUUACAGGUUUCUUCUUUGUAAUUUGAGGCGUUAAUUUCCUGGUUUAGUAUCAGAGGAGAGUCCUAUACAUAAUUUGUAUUGUUUUUUUCCUGCAAGUUCCAGCGAUUUGGUUUUUGGGUUUUCUUCUGCAAAACAAGGGACCAUUGCAGGCCAAAAUCUAUUGCAGAUUGUUUUUUCUUAUUGGACAUUUUGCAACAGCCUGUGAGGCCCUUUGUAUACCUUCAUGAUGGGGAGCGAAGAAGGAGAAGAUAUAGUGCAGUCUUUGAUUGAUUUGGUUAAGGAGAUCUCAGAGCUUCCAGAAUGGAGAAAUCCAUGGAGGAAACAGUAUUACAAUCUGGUGAGGAGAGUGAAGCUAUUGGGUCCUCUGUUUGAAGAGUUGAAGGAGAGUAGUGAGACCCUCAACGAUGAAUCAGUUACAGCUUUUGUCUCUCUAAAGAACUCAUUGUUAUCGGCCGAGGAGCUUCUAAGAUUUUGGCAUGAAGGGAGUAAGCUCUAUCAGGCUCUAGAAAGGGAGGAUAUCAUGAACAAAUUUAACGAGGUGACAGCCCAGCUGGAGCAGGCACUAAAUGGGAUUUCUUAUGAUAAACUUGAUGUAUCAGAUGAAGUUCGAGAACAGGUUGAACUAGUGCAUGCGCAAUUUAAAAGAGCAAAAGGAAGGAUGGACAUACCUGAUAUGCAAUUAUACAUGGAUCUUUCCACAGCAAGAAAUGAAAAAGAGACUGAUCCAGCUGUUUUAAAACGGCUUUCAGAAUCACUUCAACUAAAAACAAUUAAUGAUCUCAAGAAAGAGUCACAUGCCCUUCAUGAUAUGGUUAUUUCUAGUGGGGGAGACCCUGGUGAAACUUUUGAAGAGAUGUCGGCUUUGCUGAAAAAGUUAAAGGACUAUGUACUCUCUGAGAAUGUAGAUACUGAAGCCUCUGAAAGCGAGAAGAGCAUGGAGAAAACCAGAUCCCCUGUCAUCCCUGAUGAUUUUCGCUGCCCAAUAUCUCUUGAAUUGAUGAGAGACCCAGUCAUAGUUGCCACAGGACAGACAUACGAGCAAUCAUGCAUCCAGAAAUGGCUUGACGCCGGUCACCAGACUUGCCCCAAGACCCAACAAAUGCUACCACACACUGUCCUUACCCCCAACUAUGUCCUCAGGAGCCUCAUCGCACAAUGGUGCGAAAACAACGGUGUCGAGCUCCCAAAAAGAGCAGCAGCUUGCCAAAGUGGAAAAUCUACUUCAGGAUGUGACCGAGCAGCUAUCGAAAACCUGUUGCAAAAGCUAACAAGCACGAACCAAGAGGAACAAAGGGCAGCUGCUGGUGAGCUUCGCUUGCUAGCCAAGAGAAACGCUGAUAACCGAGUUUGCAUAGCCAAAGCUGGGGCCAUUCCCUUGCUAGUCGACCUUCUCUCAUCACCUGAUCCCCGAACCCAAGAACAUGCAGUGACAGCUCUCCUUAAUCUCUCCAUCAACGAUAGCAACAAGGGAAGUAUAGUCAUGGCUGGUGCUAUACCCGACAUAGUUGAUGUGCUAAAAAGUGGGUGUAUGGAAGCAAGAGAAAAUGCAGCUGCAACCCUAUUUAGCCUCUCCGUGGUGGAUGAUAACAAGGUGGCUAUUGGGGCGGCAGGGGCAAUCCCAGCAUUGGUGGAUUUGCUUUGUAAAGGAAGUCCCAGAGGGAAGAAAGAUGCAGCUACGGCAUUGUUUAAUCUAUGUAUUUACCAGGGGAACAAAGUGAGAGCAGUGAGAGCUGGGGUGGUGAUGCCUUUGAUGAGAUUAUUGAUGGACCCUGGUGGUGGAAUGGUGGAUGAGGCCUUAGCGAUUUUGGCGAUAUUGGUCACCCAUCCUGAGGGGAAGGCAGCUAUUGGGCAGGCAGAGCCUGUGCCUAUGUUGGUCGAGUUCUUGAGGACUGGGUCACCAAGGAAUAGAGAGAAUGCAGCUUCUAUUUUGUUGGGAUUGUGUACUGUGGAUGCACAACAUUUGAGCCUAGCACGAGAGCUGGGGGCUGAAGAGGCUGUGAGAGAGUUGGCAGAGAGUGGGACAGUGAGGGCAAAAAGGAAGGCUGGGUCAUUGUUGGAGUACUUUCGAAUGUCUUCUGAGCAGGCAACCUUGCCUUCUGAGCAGGCACUGUCUUCUUAGAAGGCUUUGACUGGUGCGUCUUUGGGUUAGAGAGUGGUUGUUUUCAACUGGAGGUUUGCUUAUCAAAGAAAGUUCACCCUAUGCUGCUGUGGUGGGUAUAUUUCGGACUAUCCUUACAAGUUAGUUUGCUAUAGUGGGUAUAUUUCGGACUAUCCUUGCAAGUUAUGGUGGGUAUAUUUCGGACUACCUUUACAAGUUGGUGUGCUAUGGUGGGUAUAUUUUGGACUAUCAAGUUAUGGUGGGUAUAUUUCGGACUAUCCUUACAAGUUGGUGUGCUAUGGUGGGUAUAUUUCGGACCAUCCUUACAAGUUGGUGUUGUCUCUCUCUUCAACAAAAUGUAUUCUCUCUCCUCAACAAAAUGGUCAAAAUGGUGAAAGGGUACUUUUGUUGUGGUGGUCUGGCAUGUGGGUUGAGUUUGAAAGGGUAGUUAUUGGCUGUAUUUAUCAUGUAACUGUUAUCAUGAUUAUUUAGAUUUACAUGGUGGUGUUCUUGUAUCUUAAAAUUUAGUAAUUACUCGUAAAGAAAAGGAUAUGGUCGUAUGUCAUAUGGCCAUGCUUUAAUGGAAACA